AUGGCUUCCGAAGGUGCUUCAUGGGGCGAAGAAGGGUUUGAUGCCACAGAGGGUGGUCAGGUUCAGCAUAGCGAGGAACAAGUUGAUAACUUUGCUCAAGAAUCCAAUGUCUCAGGUGAUGCUGCGGAUAAUGGUACAGAAGAUGGAGGAGAUUAUGACCCAGAGUCUGUCACUAUUGGAUCCCCUGCUCAGAUCCCCGAAAAGGCUGCCUCUGCAACGCCCUCGCAACGUCCAGCGUCCAAGCCCAAGAUGUCGGGCGGCUUCCUAGUGGAGGCAUCCGAUGAUGAGGAUGAAGAGCCUGCGAAUGAUACCCCGACGGCCGCAGAUGCGCCGUCACAGAACCUGCCUGGUCCCUCGACUGUGUCAACAGAGGCCAACACUCCUGCUGCUGCUGUUCCUGUUCCUGUCGCCUCAUCCACUGUGACUCCAGCCAUGACCAGUCUCGACCCAGUGGCGCUGUUUGAAGCUCGUGUCAAGGAGGACCCUCGGGGUGAUAUGGAUGCCUGGUUGAAUCUGAUCGCCGAGUACAGGCGCACCAGCCGACUUGAUCAAGCUAGGAACGUUUACAACCGAUUCGUCGAGGUCUUUCCACAAGCUGGUGACAUCUGGGUGCAGUGGAUCGAAAUGGAACUUGGCCUCGAUAAUUUUGUCGAUGCUGAACAGCUUUUUGGCCGUUGUCUAAUGACUGUGCCCAACGUGAAGCUUUGGACAGCGUACCUAAACUACAUCCGUCGGCGAAACGACCUCAACAACGAUGCGUCCGGUCAAGCUCGCCGAACCAUUACCCAGUCUUAUGAGUUUGUCAUUGACAACAUUGGCAUGGACAGAGAUUCCGGGAACAUCUGGCAGGACUACGUCCAGUUUGUCAAGAAUGGACCAGGACAGAUUGGUGGCACUGGCUGGCAGGACCAGCAGAAGAUGGACCAACUGCGAAAGGUCUAUCACCGUGCCAUCGCUGUUCCCAUGCUGACCGUCAACAACUUGUGGAAGGAGUAUGACCAGUUUGAAAUGGGAUUGAACAAAAUGACUGGCCGCAAGUUCAUCCAAGAGCGAUCGCCCGGGUAUAUGUCUGCCAAGAGCGCCAACAUUGCCCUCGACAACAUGACUCGGCAUUUGAAACGCACAAACCUCCCGCGACUGCCGCCGGCACCCGGAUUCGAUGGCGACCAGGAGUUCAGGCAACAGGUUGAGAUGUGGAAGAAGUGGAUUGCAUGGGAGAAGGAUGACCCUCUCGUCCUCAAGGUCGACGAACCCAAGGUCUACAACCAAAGAGUCCUCUACUGCUACAAACAGGCGUUGAUGGCGCUUCGAUUUUGGCCAGAGAUCUGGGUGGACGCCGCGGAGUGGUCUUUCCAGUAUGAUGUGCGGGACAAUGACAAAGAGACGGGAACGGAGAUGCUAUUGCAAGGCAUCAGGGCCAAUCCCGAGAGCGUCUUGCUCGCCCUGAAGCACGCAGAUCACAUCGAAGCGAACUAUCCGGCGAAGGAGGGCGACAAGAUGGAGUAUGCCAAAGCGGUUCGGAAACCCUUUGAUGAUGUCCUGGAUACCUUGUACGAAUUAGGCGACAAGGUGAAGGUGCGAGAGAAGCUCGAGGUUUCUACUCUCAAACAAGCUGCGGCUCACGAGCCAGUUCAUGCCUCGAUUGAGCAAAACGACGACGAUGAUGACGACGACAAGCCUAGGAGGUCGCCGAUGGAAGAACGAAUCCUGGCGAUUCAGAGGGCUUACGCCGACGAUACUCAAAUUCUCUCCCGGACCAUUUCCUACGUCUGGAUCGCCCUCGCCCGGGCUAUGCGCCGAAUCCAGGGCAAAGGCAACCAGACAGAAGGCGGCCUUCGCAAGGUCUUCACAGAUGCUCGCCAAAAGGGCCGACUGACUAGCGACGUGUAUGUUGCUGUCGCAUUGCUGGAGUCUGUAGUCUACAAAGAUCCUGUUGGCGCCAAAAUCUUUGAGCGCGGCGCCCGUCUAUUCCCCAAUGAUGAGAACUUCAUGAUAGAGUACCUCAAGUAUCUCCAUUCGAAGGACGACACAACAAAUGCCCGAGUAGUGUUUGAAACAUGCGUCAAUCGACUUAUUGGGAAACCUGAGACCUUGUUCAAGGCAAAGCCACUUUAUGCCUACUUUCACAAGUACGAAUCCCAGUAUGGCGAGCUCUCGCAGAUCUCGAAACUUGAGGAGCGAAUGGCCGAACUCUUCCCUGGAGACCCCAAGCUCGAAUACUUCGUUUCCCGAUACUCCACUGACAAAUUUGACCCUGUCGCCGCCCCCAUCAUCAUCUCGAAGCCCAUCCAGAUGCGGCCAAGGCAGGCUCUUCCUGCGAUGGAGCAACCAUCCUCGGUGCGAAAUAGCCCACUCCCCAUGAGACAGGAACAGAGCCCACGCCCGCAGUAUGUGCGGGCAACGGCCUCACCAAAGCGGCCCUUGGGCAUGGAUGACGACGAGUUAAACCCUCCCAAGAGACUUGCUAGAGGUGUCUCACCUUUGAAGGGCGCGGCUGGUCGCCGUCUUGACCAGCAGCGCCGUAACCAGGCGUCGGCUCUUCACCGUGACAUUACCUUCCUACUCAACAUUCUCCCACCCGCACAGAACUUCGACGCCCAGCGACUUAACCCCGCCGGGAUGGUCUCCAUCCUCCGUGACACAAACCUACCGGACUACGCGACGCUGAAGGCCAGUGGCGGUGGGCAGCCCCGCUAUGCCAACCCGAGCCACGCGAGGCAGUCUUCUGGUGAUUACGGCAACCGACCGCUGAGUCCUUACGGGCGGGUGACCUCUGGAUCUGGUGGGUAUAGGAACUCUCCAUUGAGGCCAGAGGGCGGAAGUGGCUUCCCGACCAAUCCUUACCCGCCUCCUGAUGCGGGCGCUGCUCAACCUGCUUGGAAUCAAGCACCCGGCGCGUAUGGCGCACAGCCGCCGGGACAGUACGGAGGAUAUCGGUACUGA